AUGGCGUUUGCUCACGAGCCGUCGACUCGGCUGGGGCAGCCAACGCCGGCUGUCGUCCCGUGUCGCGACCGUUCAACGCCACCUCCCUCUCCUUCACUUCUUGCUGCCACGGUUGUCCCGAAAUCGUUCACGGCCAUCCCCGCCUGCCCUGCACUGAUCAUGUCGUCGCCUCAGGAUAACAUGUCGGCCAAUGGAAACGACAUGGCCGAUUCCAUGGACCAACUCAGGAUGGAUGAGCGACUCGGCCCCGACGGCGAGCCCGCCCCUAAGACGGACGAGGAAUACGCCCAGGCGCAGCUCACCCUCCGUGCCAUCGUUUCCUCCAAGGAGGCCGGCGUCAUCAUCGGCAAGGGCGGCAAGAAUGUCGCCGAUCUCCGGGAUGAAACCGGCGUCAAGGCCGGCGUCAGCAAGGUUGUCCAAGGCGUCCAUGACCGCGUCCUCACCAUCACGGGCGAAUGCGAUGCCAUCUCGAGGGCCUACGCCAUCGUCGCUCGCGCCUUGCUCGAAGGCGCGCCGUCCCUCGGCAUGGGUGGAAUCGUGCAGAGCAACGGAACACACCCCGUCAAGCUCCUCAUCUCUCACAACCAGAUGGGUACCAUCAUCGGCAGGCAGGGCCUCAAGAUCAAGCACAUCCAGGACGUCUCCGGCGUUCGCAUGGUGGCACAGAAGGAAAUGCUCCCGCAGUCCACGGAACGCGUCGUCGAGGUUCAAGGCACCCCCGAGGGCAUUCAGCGUGCCGUCUGGGAGAUUUGCAAGUGCCUGGUGGACGACUGGCAACGCGGAACCGGCACCGUCCUCUACAACCCAGUCGUCCGCACGCAGCCGGGCAGCGGAAACGCCGCCGCCGGCAGCACCUUCGGCUCGGGCCGCAGCGAAUACAGCUCCCCUCGCGUCAUGCGGACGGGCAACGGAGCCGACUUCAGCAACGGUGGCGUGAGGCCGUUCAACCGUCGCUCCGACUCGGACGCCUCCCGGGGCCCGCCGACGCACGACGAGAACGGCGAGCAGAUUCAGACGCAAAACAUAAGCAUCCCGGCGGACAUGGUAGGCUGCAUCAUCGGACGCGCCGGCAGCAAGAUUAGCGAGAUUCGUAAGACGUCGGGUGCCCGCAUCUCCAUCGCCAAGGCACCCCACGACGAGACCGGCGAGCGCAUGUUCACCAUCAUGGGCACGGCCAAGGCCAACGAGUCGGCCCUCUUCCUGCUGUACGAGAACCUCGAGGCCGAGAAGAUGCGGCGCAGCCAGGCCCAGGAUGCCGAGUAA